AUGUCAAAGCUGAAAAGCUCAGAAUCAGUCCGGGUGGUGGUUCGCUGUCGGCCCAUGAAUGGCAAGGAAAAGGCUGCUUCAUAUGACAAGGUGGUGGAUGUGGACGUGAAGCUAGGGCAGGUGUCUGUCAAGAACCCCAAGGGAGUGGCCCAUGAAAUGCCCAAGACCUUCACUUUUGAUGCCGUCUAUGACUGGAACGCCAAACAGUUUGAACUCUAUGAUGAGACCUUCCGACCGCUGGUGGACUCUGUCCUUCAGGGUUUCAAUGGGACAAUUUUUGCCUAUGGACAGACAGGGACUGGGAAAACCUACACGAUGGAAGGAGUCCGGGGUGACCCUGAAAAAAGAGGGGUCAUCCCUAACUCAUUUGAUCACAUCUUCACCCAUAUCUCUCGAUCCCAGAAUCAACAGUACUUGGUCAGGGCUUCUUACUUGGAGAUCUACCAGGAGGAGAUCCGAGACCUGCUCUCCAAGGAUCAGACCAAAAGGCUCGAGCUCAAGGAGAGGCCUGACACCGGGGUGUACGUGAAAGACCUGUCUUCCUUCGUUACCAAGAGCGUGAAGGAAAUAGAGCAUGUGAUGAACGUGGGGAACCAGAACCGUUCUGUUGGGGCCACCAACAUGAAUGAGCACAGUUCCCGUUCACAUGCAAUUUUUGUCAUCACCAUCGAAUGCAGUGAGGUGGGCCUCGACGGUGAAAACCACAUCCGGGUUGGGAAACUGAACCUUGUAGAUCUUGCUGGCAGUGAACGGCAGGCCAAGACCGGUGCGCAAGGGGAAAGACUGAAGGAAGCAACCAAGAUCAACCUGUCCCUUUCGGCCUUGGGUAAUGUCAUUUCUGCCCUGGUGGAUGGAAAAAGCACUCAUAUUCCAUAUCGGGACUCCAAGCUUACCAGGCUCCUCCAGGAUUCUCUUGGUGGUAAUGCUAAAACUGUGAUGGUGGCCAACGUGGGACCUGCCUCUUACAAUGUAGAAGAGACCCUAACCACUCUAAGAUAUGCCAACCGUGCCAAAAACAUUAAGAACAAGCCAAGGGUCAACGAGGACCCUAAGGACGCCCUUCUUCGAGAAUUCCAGGAAGAGAUUGCUCGGCUCAAGGCCCAGUUAGAGAAACGGUCCAUUGGCAGAAGGAAGAGGCGAGAGAAGCGGAGGGGGGCUGGGGGUGGGGAAGAGGAGGAGGAGGAGGGAGAAGAGGGGGAGGAGGAAGGGGAUGACAAGGAUGAUUAUUGGCGGGAACAGCAAGAGAAACUGGAGAUCGAGAAGCGGGCCAUUGUUGAGGACCACAGCUUGGUUGCAGAGGAAAAGAAGAGGCUGCUGAAGGAGAAGGAGAAAAAGAUGGAGGAUCUGCGACGGGAGAAGGAUGCUGCUGAGGUGCUCGGGGCCAAAAUCAAGGCCAUGGAGAGUAAGCUGCUCGUUGGAGGAAAAAAUAUAGUAGAUCAUACAAAUGAACAGCAGAAAAUCCUGGAGCAGAAACGGCAAGAAAUUGCAGAACAGAAACGUCGAGAAAGAGAAAUCCAGCAGCAGAUGGAAAGCCGGGACGAGGAGACCUUGGAACUGAAGGAGACGUACAGCUCACUGCAGCAAGAGGUGGACAUCAAGACCAAGAAACUCAAGAAGCUCUUCUCUAAGCUUCAGGCAGUCAAGGCAGAGAUCCAUGACCUCCAAGAAGAGCAUAUCAAGGAGCGACAGGAGCUGGAGCAGACCCAGAAUGAGCUUACCAGGGAGCUGAAACUCAAGCAUCUUAUUAUAGAAAACUUCAUUCCUCUGGAAGAAAAAAGUAAAAUUAUGAAUAGAUCCUUCUUCGAUGAAGAGGAAGAUCAUUGGAAAUUACAUCCUAUAACCAGACUGGAGAACCAGCAGAUGAUGAAACGGCCAGUCUCAGCUGUGGGAUACAGGAGACCAUUGAGCCAGCACGCAAGAAUGUCCAUGAUGGUUCGUCCAGACGUUCGAUACAGGGCAGAAAACAUCAUGCUGCUGGAGCUGGACAUGCCCAGUCGGACCACCAGAGACUACGAGGGCCCUGCCAUUGCCCCCAAGGUCCAGGCCGCAUUGGAUGCGGCUCUGCAGGAUGAAGAUGAGAUACAGGUGGAUGCAUCAUCCUUUGAAAGCACUGCACAUAAGAAAACCAAGGCCAGGCCUAAAAGUGGAAGGAAGUCGGGCUCCUCCUCCUCUUCCUCAGGAACGCCCGCAUCUCAACUUUAUCCACAGCCUCGGGGGCUAGUUCCAAAGUAA